GAGGAGAAUCUCUGCAUCACUAGGCAAUGAAAUUGAAUCUGCACAGACAGAUAAAGCCCAAUGAGCAGAUUGUGUGGAACCCUUUUAUGUACCCACUAUGCUAAAGAUGCUGGAUGGAUACAUGGAGUUCCACAGAGCUGAAAGAAGCCAGGAGAAGGCUGUCUUCAGAAUUCAUAAUCAGUUGCAGGAUCUUAUUGAGAAAGUGGUUAUUGGCGUGCCCACAACAUCAGUACCUUAAAAAAGUUGGUGCAGGAUUGGGACCAGCCAGCCUAAAAAUGAUGGAAGGGAUGGGACUUUUGAGAGAUUCUCUGCUGAUUUCGAUAAGCAAGCCGGUGGGAAUUGCUCACACGGCAUAUUUUCCAACAGCUGAUGGCUCACUCUACUUCAGAGGUGAUUUGAAAGAAGUUGCCUUUGGACAGAUAAAGGUUGAAGACAGAGACACUGAUGAAACAACUCAGCAGGAUAGUCUGGAUGAGAGAAGGCCAUUCGUAUCAGAAGAUGAAAGGUGUGCCAUGGCUGCAGAAUUGGACCCCUCUGAGCAUAUUUACCAAGUUGAGGUUGAAGCUAAUGUCCCGAAGGAGAGCAAAACUUUGGAAUGUGUACUAGAAGUAGGCAAGCUUUCAGGGGAGAGCAUCUCCCUGGAAGGGGAGACACUGGAAACUGUGCAGGCCUCAGAACUGCAAAAGGCUUCUGGAAAAAAAGUUGCCUAUUGUUCACCAGAGAAACAAAGCAGUCGAUUGCCACUUCUGAAAGGUGUGUGCAUGUGUGUGUGUUGCUCAGUUGUCCUGCUUAAAGAAAGCAAGGCUGCUAAAACCACAAAUGAUUUUGCACAUCUCUCCCUGAAUCCUGCUGCUUCGGCAGUUUCCCUGAUAAGAUGACAGGAAACAAAAAUGUUUGUGUGGCACUGCUCUACAUCCAUGGCUGUCUGCUUCAUUUGGUCUUGGGGUGUGAGUACAAUCCAUUAAUACAAUGGCUGCAUGCUUAUCCUGCAUGGAUGCUGCUGCUGCUUCUCACCAAUCACCACCGCAAUUUAUAUUUUAUGGAAUUUUAGCUCUUUUCACUUCAUCUGAGAUCCUCCACUGGCAGGUCUUAUAACCAAUUAGAUAAGACAAUGAUGGCCAAACUUGGCCCUCCAGCUGUUUUGGGACUACAGUGCCCAUC